AUGUUAGAUAAAUCAAAGAAACAGGAACUGCUUACGAAAAAUAUGAAUCACAUAAAAACAAUGAAUAAAGGACAAAAGCAAAAAAUACUGGAGAAUAAAAGAAUAAAAUAUGAAGAAAUGGAUCAAUCAAAGAAAGAGGAACUGCUUACUAAAAAUAUGAAUUAUAAGGAAACAAUGAGUAAAGAACAAAAGCAAAAAAUAUUGGAUAAUAAAAGAAUAAAAUAUGAUGCAAUGGAUCAAUCAAAGAGAGAGGAACUGCUUAGGUAAAAAUAUGAAUUAUAGAAAAACAAUGAGCAAAGAACAAAAACAAAAAACACUGGAGAAUAGAAGAAUAAAAUAUGAAGCAAUGGAUCAAUCAAAGAAAGAGGAACUGCUUACUAAAAAUAUGAAUUAUAAGGAAACAAUGAGUGAAGAACAAAAACAGAAACUAUUAGAGAAACCAGAGCCAAAUAUCAAGCAAUGGAUAUAUCAAAGAAAAAGAAGAUGAGUGCUAUGAGUUCAAGUACAAUCAUGUCGAAUCGAAUGUCAUUGGAUCCAAAACAAAAAAAUAAUUUGCUGAAUAGAGAGAAAGAAAAACGGAUCGAAAGAAAUCUCUAGCUCAUGACAUUGACAUGUACAUUGCAAAAUUUAAAAAACAAAUUAAAUCUGGCCCAUUUUAUAUAUGCUGCGUGUGUAACCGGACACUAUAUAAGAAGUCAGUAGUAAUCUUACAGAAAAAUAAGUACCCUCGCCAGGAUUGUUUUAUGCUUCAGUGUUCUUUUGAUGACAAAAACUACAUCUGCAAAACAUGACAUGCUAAAUUACUUAAAGGUCAUCAGCCUUGUCAAGCUGUCGUAAACAAUUUAUUUGUUGAUGAAACCCCUACUGAACUUGCUGCAUUAGAGAAACUUGAACAAAUUCUUAUUGCACAGAGAAUAGUCUUCGAAAAAAUUGUAAUAAUGCCGAAAGGACAACAAAGAAAAAUUAAAGGUGCAAUAUGUAAUGUUGGUGUUGAAUGUAGUCAAACAUGUAAUGUUCUUCCCAGACUACCUGACAGUUCUGGGAUAAUUUUACUUAAAUUGAAAAGGAAACUUCAAUUUAGAGGUCAUGUUUAGUUUCAAGCAGUUCGCCCUCAGUUUGUAAUUAAUGCAUUAAACUGGCUUAUAGCAAACAAUCCGUUAUAUAGAAACAUUGAAAUUCAAUGUGACAACAUCAGCCCAGAGUUGACUAAUUUGAACUGUCCUGUUACAAAUCAAGAAAAUGUAGACGAGCAUUUGCAAACUAAUAUAAAUAGAGAACUUCUUAAUGAAGAUACUGAAGAACAAGAUGAUCCAUUAAAUGAACACCGUUCAGCUGCAACUGAAACCUGUCUUCAGUCCAUCUUGCCAGAUUAUCCUGUAAACGUGGACAAUAGAAACUGUGAUAAUUCAACAGGUAGAGAAAUUUUCAACAUUGCACCAGGUGAAGGUAAACACCCAGUAUCAUUGAUGACUGAUAAACUUUGUGAGGAUCGGAACUUUCACUUCCAGUACUCUUUCCAAAAGGACGAUUUGGGUAUAACUUUGAACGAGACAUAA